ACCACCCAGGCAGGCGGCAGGCCAACGCCACCCGAAGGCCGCAGCAGGCACCACACAACACGGACACAAGUCAGGCGCAGCCCAUAACCCCCCACCCCAGCCGAAGCCAUCCGAUACGGGAGGGCCCAUCCAGCGGCCCAGGUCACGCUCUCACGCCACGCACGCAUGCUCCCCCGCCUGCUCAACGGGCCCCACCGCCUGCUCCUUGGCGGGCCCCACGCCUCGGGCGCCGCGCCCCUCCACCGCCGCCGCGUCCUCGCCGGCCGCCGGGCCAUGUCCGCCUCCGCCUCGCCCGCGUCCGGGCCGAGGCGUCCGCUGCGCGGGGUGGUCUUCGACAUGGACGGCACCCUCACGGUGCCAGUCAUCGAUUUCCCGGCCAUGUACCGCGAGGUGCUCGGCGGGGACGCCGCCUACGCCGCGGCGCGCGGCUCGGGGGGAGGCUCCGUCGACAUCCUCCACUGCAUCGAGGACUGGGCGCCCGACAAGCAGCGCCACGCGUACGAGGUCAUCGCGCGCUUCGAGCGGGAGGGCCUCGACCGCCUCCAGAUCAUGCCCGGGGCCUCGGAGCUGUGUGGCUUCCUGGACGCGAAGCAGAUCAGAAGAGGUUUGAUCACCCGUAAUGUGAAGGACACAGUUGAUUUGUUCCACCAAAGAUUUGGUAUGACGUUCACUCCUGCACUGAGCAGAGAAUUUCGCCCCUAUAAACCAAAUCCUGCUCCACUGCUUCACAUAUGCUCCGCUUGGAACAUUCCACCACACGAAGUGAUCAUGGUUGGCGACAGUCUCAAGGAUGAUGUUGUUUGUGGAAAGAGGGCAGGAGCUUUCACUUGCUUGCUUGAUGAAACGGGGCGAUAUGGUCCUCACGAUUCUUUACCUGAGGAAGUAAAACCUGACUUCAAGGUGUCCUCACUGACAGAAGUAUUCGCUGUGCUGGAGGAGCACUUCGAUUUGGCACCAGUGCCUGCCGAGAGUAGAAUAUGACAGGGAAGUUUUAUUGGACCUCCCUUCUAAUGUGAAAUCGGCUACCCAACCAACAGCUUGAAUAAUGUGGAGGACGUUGAUGGGACUUUCAAGUAUCAGAAGCCCCUGCUAGAGCCUGCAGCCAGAGCCCAGAAGGACGAUGGCUGUUCCAAGGGGGGAUUGAAUGUCUUUGGAAAGGCAAUGAAGUGAUUCAGUUCGUUGUAAAUCUAUUAUAUUAUGUUGCCCCAGACUAAACCAGCUUGUGUGGUUUAGUGACUGAAAUGACCACACGUAUCUGGAGAUUCAGAAUAUAACAAUCGAUUUCCACGGAUUUCAUUCGUUC